AUGGACCCAUCGACGACGCACCCGCUCUUGGGUGUUACUGGUACUACUGCACAGGUUGCUAUCUCGGCGCCGUCAACUGCAGUCCCGGGGGAUGACCAACCGACGGUGAUUCUUAUCUUCGGAUGGCUGGGCGCGAAGAUGGCAACUCUACGGAAAUAUGGGGACGCAUACACAAGACUUUACCCCUCCAGCAACCAAGUCAUCGUCCAGGCCGACCCUCUUCGCUACUGGAAGUUUGGGCGCGGGCGGGAACGAGCUGUCCUUCCUGCUGUACAUAAGCUCGAACAAAUGAACUUGCUCUCCGCGCCUCCGCAAGGUCCGCCCCCGCGGAUAUUGAUACACGCCAUGUCCAACGGCGGAGUCAUGUCUCUCUUCGACACGGCCGCCGUGCUUCGUAGGAAGAACAUCCACCCGCCCACGGGCACCAAAUGCGCAAUCAUAUUCGACUCAGCACCCGCGCCGCCAACGCUUCCCCUCACGAUCCGCGCCUUCACCGCCAGCACGCGCGGGCGGCUCCGGAAGCUCCUUGCGACGGGCAUCCUCACAGUCGUGUACUUCCUCAUCUUCGUCGUCCGUACGAUUCUGCGGCGCCCAAGGCCCCUCGCGCAGGAGAUCGCGGCGCUCAACGACCCGGCGCUGCUGCCUUGGACGUCCGCGAAGACGCCGAGGAUGUAUUUUUACUCGACGGGAGAUGUGAUCGUUCCCUCGACUGCGGUCGAGGAGCAUGCUGCGAAGGCGAGGAUGGCGGGGUUCCCGGUUGAGAUGAUCAACUUCGGGAAGAGCGCUCAUGUAUCUCAUGCGCGGGACAACCCAGAAAAGUAUUGGGAGGCUGUCAGGACAUUCUGGUCGGGCGCGAUGAGGCGAUAG